AUGGAACAAACCUUAACUCCUAAAUCUGAAAAAAGACUUACACGAACAAGAUCUGAAGUCCGAGAAAUGAUUGAUGAUAAUGUUACUAGUGUCUCCAAAUCUUCCGAUUCUGAAUUAAUCUUACCUGUCCCAAUCACUUUCUCCGAGAUUGAAGAGAAUCUUCAAAGGCUUCUUGAUAGUAACAAAGCUUGGGCUAAAUCAAUUACAGAAACGAAACCGGAAUUCUUUACUACCAUGGCACAAGCACAACAUCCAAAGAUCGUUUGGUUUGGUUGCUCCGAUUCUCGCGUUCCAGCUGAGACUGUGGUUCAAUUAGGACCUGGUGAAAUUUUUGUUCACCGAAAUAUCGCCAAUCAAUUUAACCACGCUGAUUUGAAUUCAUUGUCGGUUUUACAAUAUGCGGUCGAUCAUCUUAAAGUCGAACACAUCAUCGUUUGUGGACAUUAUGGAUGCGGUGGUGUGUUGGCUGCAAUGUCAAAUAAUCAACACGGUUUGGUUGAUAACUGGUUAAGAAACAUUAAGGAUGUUUACUGGAUUAACAAAUCAACGAUAGAAUCCUCCGAACCCGAGAAACGAGCGGACAAACUUGUAGAAUUGAAUGUUAAACAACAAGUUUAUAAUAUUGCGGCUACAAGUAUCGUUCAAAGUGCCUGGGCUGAUGGUAGGAAAUUGGAAAUUCACGGAUGGUCUUAUCGUCUUGACAAUGGAAUAUUGAAUGAUUUGGAAGUAGAUAUAAAGGGUGAACAAGAUUUAAGUGAUCAUAUUUAUAAAGUUUAUUGCCGUAAUCAUCAUAUACAUGGAAGUCAUGCUCACGGUCAUAAUCAUGAACAUGGUCACCGCCAUGCAUAA